ACAUGAUUUGGAAAGGCACACACCUGUCUAUAUAAGGUCCUGCAGUUGACAGUGCAUGUCAAAGCAAAACCCGCCAUAAAGACAAAUGAAUUGUCCGUAGACCUCCGAGACAAGAUUGUGUCGAGUCACAGAUCAGGGGAAGAGUAUAAAACAAUUGCUGCAGCAGUGCAGGUCCCGGAGAGCACAGUGGCCUCCGUCAUUCGUAAAUGGAAGAACUUUGGAACCACCAGGACUCUUCAUAGAGCGGGCCGCCCGGACAAACUGAGCAAUCGGGGGAGAAGGGCCUUGGUCAGGGAGAUGACUAAGAACCCAAUGGUCACUCAGACAGAACUCCAGAGUUCCUCUGUGGAGAUGGGAGAACUUACCAGAAGGACAACUAUAUCUGCAGCACUCCACCAGGAGUGGUUUCAUGACAUGUCUGCGAAAGUCCUUGAGUGGCCCAGCCAGAGCACAGACUUGAACCCGAUCUAACAUCUCUGGAGGGACCUGAAAAUAGCUGUGCAUUGAUGCCCCUGAGAGAGCUUGAUAGGAUCUGCAGAGAAGAAUAAUAAAAUUUACCCAAAUACAAGUGUGCCAAGCUUGUAGCGUCAUACCCAAGAAGACAUGAAGGCUGUAAUCGCAGCCAAAGGAACAUUAACAAAGCACUAAGUAAAGGGUCUGAAUACUUAUGUAAAUGUGAUAUUUCAGUCAUUUCUUUCUAAUUACUUUGCAAAUAUUUCUAAACACCUGUUUUCGCUUAUUUAUUACAGGGUUUUGUGUGAUGAUUGAUGGUAAAAAAUAAUAAUUUAAUCCAUUUUAUAAUAAGGCUGUAACGUAACAAAAUGUGGAAAAAGUGAAGGGGUCUGAAUACUUUCUGAAUGCACUAUAUUUGUGAGAUUGAGGGACAGACCUGCUUCACGUGGUCUGACAUGGAAUUUGAUGAAUUUUCUUCUCUUGCAGCAGCAGAAUGGGAGAUUUGUUGAAAGAGAAGCUCGAUCAGCUUCAGUGUCACUUCACGUGGAGCCCACAGAAGGAGACCAUUGACCUGGAUGAUAUGGUGUACAGAUUACAAGAUGCCAUAAUCUUUGCAGAUAAAUAUCAAGCCGCAUCCUACAACCAACUCGCUUUUGUAAACUGCCUGCAAGGCAACAGUGAGGAAGCUAUUCAAAACUUACAGGAAGCUGAAAAGAUUCUGAGGGAGAACCACAAAGAUGCAUUUGAAAGAAACAGCAUCAUCACCUAUGGAAACUAUGCCUGGGUGCAUUACCACAUGGGACAACUGGACAAGGCCCAGUCCUACCUCGACAAGCUGGAGAUGAUCUGUAAACCGCUCACUGAUGGUCCUCUCUAUACAGCAAUGAUACCUGAAGUGUAUGGGGAGAAGGGGUGGUCAUUGUUGAGAUCGGCAUCUCAAUACUAUGAGGAGGCUAUGAAAUGUUUUGAGAAAGCUCUGGAGGAAGAUCCCAAUAACACGGUGUGGAUCAUGGGCAAAGCAACUGUUCUGUUCCGUCUGGAAUCAUAUUCUGGAACCCCAGAGAGUCAUGAAUGGAGUCAGUCAGUGAAGUAUCUGCAGCGUGUACUGGAGCUAGAUCCAGAUGAUUCAAUGGCCAUGGUGCUGCUGGCCUUAAAAUUGCAAGGAUUCAGUAAAAGUGAAGAAGCAAAUAAAUUAGUUGAGCAAGCAUUGCAGAAGUCCAGUAAGGAUCCAUAUGUGCUUCGAUAUUCGGCAAAUUUUUACAGAGAGGAAGGAGCAGUGGAGAAAGCAAUCAAUCUAUUCAAGCAAGCGUUAGAAUUAAUUCCACACUCGUGCUUCUUACACCACCAAAUUGGAAUAUGUUAUAAAAUUGAACUGAACAUGCUUGGUGAUAGAAAUCCUCACAGACCCGCAACUCAGCAGCAAACUGAGUUGAUCAGUCAAUGUAAAUAUCGCUUUGGAAAAGCCUCUGAGUGCCGUCCAAGGUCAGCUAUUAGACCAAUGCUGGACUUAGCAGAUAUUUACAUAAUAGAUGGAGAGUAUUCUAAGGCAGAGGAGAUCUACAAUAAUCUGAUGAAAUUGGAGGACAACCGUCCAGAAAACAUACAGCAGAUAUGUUUACGGGCUGGGUCAUUUGAACUGUAUCAGAAAGGAUCGGAAUCAAGUGCCAUCAGCCUAUUUCUGAAAGGGGUGAAGAUUGAAUAUGAUUCAAAAGAUCGGAAAAAGUGUAAGAAAAAAUUGGAGAAGUGGGCAGAUAAAAAGCUUUGCUAUGCUCCACAUGACAGCAAAGCUCUUGGUGUGAGAGGGUUACUGUAUCAGCUGGAUGGGAACAAGUCCAAGGCUAUUGAAUACUUUGAAAAUGCCUUGGGGAUGGAUCAUGAGAAUGAAGAAUAUCUGAAUGCUCUUUCAGAAUUGCGUCAUAGUCAUUGAGCACCACAAGGAUGCUUAUAAUAUGCACCGAUUUCAUCUGAUCUAAGGAUAGUCAAGUCAACUUUAUUUCUAUUGCACACUUAAAAACAACUCUCGUUGACCAAAGUGCUUUACAGCAGUGCAGGUACUAAUGUGCUACAUACAGUGGUACAGAGAUCUAAAAAUACCUACAUAAAUACAUAUGUACAGCGCUCCCACAGAGGACGCUUGUGAGAGAAAUAAGUUUUAAGUCUAAACUUAAAAGAGUUGAUGGAGCGGGCAGUUCUGCUGGGAAGAGGGAUGCUGUUCCAUAGUCUAGGUGCUGCAACCACAAAAGCACGGUCGCCCCUGAGUUUAUGCCAAGACCGCGGGAUGGUCAGUAACCCCAAGUCGGCCGACAAGAGGGUCCUGGAGGUGGUAUGGUGGGUUAGCAGAUUUUUAAUGUAGGUGGGGGCAAGCCCGUUAAUGGCUUUGUAUACAUAAAGGAGGAGCUUGAAAUUGAUCCUGAACCACACUGGGAGCCAGUGGAGAGAGGCCAGAAUCGGGGUGAUGUGGUCCCGUUUUUGGGUGCCUGUUAGAAGUCUCGCUGCGGCGUUUUGGACCAACUGCAGGUGGGACAGGAAUGAUUGGCUGAUGCCAGUGUAAUCAAGGCGGGAGGAGAUAAAUGAGUGAAUGAUCUUUUCGAGGUCGUCAAAUUGGAGGAAUGGUUUUAUUUUAGCUAUCGUGCGAAGCUGGAAGAAGCUAGCUUUUACCACGGCAUUGACUUGUUUGUCAAACUUCAAUGCAGAUUCAAAUAUCACGCCAAGGUUUUUAAUGUGAGGUUUGAGUAAUGGGGUAAAGCUUCCAAGGCUGCCUGCUAUCGUUUUGAUUGAGUCUGAGGGGUGAGUAGGAUGACCUCAGAUUUGCUCUCGUUUAGUUGGAGGAAGUUCUGGGCCAUCCAACACUUUAUAUCCUCGAAGCAGUGCAUAAGGCUGAAUAGAUUUGAUCGGUUGUUGGGUUUCAAGGGGAGAUCGAGCUGUGUAUCUUCUGCAUAGCAGUGGAAGGAAAUGCCGUGCCUUUGAAUGACUUGGCCUAAGGGGAGUAUAUACAGGGAGAAGAGAAUGGGGCCCAGGAUGGAACCUUGUGGAACCCCGCAGCAAAGGCUAGCUCGGGAGGAGAAAGAGUUGCCUAUGUUUGUAGAGAAUCUCCUAUCUUUGAGGUAGGAGAGGAACCAGCUCAGUGCAGUGCCAUCAAUACCAACCCUGUACAGGAGACGGUCAAUUAGGAUGGUGUGGUCCACUGUAUCAAACACUGCGCUGAUGUCGAAAAGGAGCAGGAUUGCACAGUCACCCGAGUCAAUGGUGAGCAGUAGGUCAUUAUGUACCUUCAACAAGGCAGACUCUGUGCAGUGGUGAGCCCUGAAACCUGAUUGGAAAGUUUCCAAGAUAGUAUUUGGUGAAGGUAAGGCAUUAGUUGAUUUAGAAUUACCUUUUCAAGGACUUUUGAAAGGAAAGGCAGUUUGGAAAUAGGUCUGUGGUUGCUAGGCA